GCAUUAGUGAGAGCUGGUUUUUGAAUCAGCGGCGUUGUUAUUGACGCCAUAUUGCUGGUGUGGAAGAGUCACAGAGAGACGCGCGACGGCCCCCGCCGCAGUCAUCGCUCUUCAUCGGUGGCUCCAGGCCGGGUAGCCUUCCGUCAAGCCGCCCCCACCGGCCUAGACACCCUCCCGGAUACGGCCCGGGGAGGAUUUGCCGCGGGCGGAGCCUACAAGUCAGCUGAGCCGGGCCCAGAGCUCCGGGCCGCUCCCUGGAGACGCAGGCGGAGCCGGCGGCCGGCAGGAGAAAACCGAAGCGGCGCAGAGCGGUGGCGACCGGGCGUUUGACAAGACGCGGCAGCGCGGGAAGCUCUCCCCCUCCUCCGCCCCCGUGUCAGCCCUUCUGGCCGCUCCUGCGGUGCGAAAGGCCCGGUCGGCUCAGCAGCUGAGCCCCUUCCUUUUUCUUCCUCUUCCUCUUCCUCCUCUGCCCCCCCGCCCGACUCGGCCAUGGCGUGCGGCGCGACCUUAAAACGGACUCUAGAUUUCGACCCUUUGCUGAGCCCGGCCUCGCCGAAACGACGGCGUUGCACUCCAUUGUCCGCUUCGGCGGCCGCCGCCUCUUCCUCCUCAGCCUCCUUUGCCUCGUCCCCGCAGAAAUACCUGCGCAUGGAGCCUUCGCCCUUCGGGGAAGUGUCCACUCGCCUCACCACAGAGCAAAUUCUGUACAAUAUAAAACAGGAAUACAAACGCAUGCAGAAGAGAAGACAUCUAGAAAACUUUCACCAAACAGAUCCUUGUUGUUCUACUGAUGCACAGUCACAAGCAUUUCUUCUUUCUGGACCAGCUUUGCCAGGUACUUCAUCUGCAGCGUCACCACCACUGAAAAAAGAACAGCCCCUCUUUACUCUCAGACAAGUUGGAAUGAUCUGUGAACGCUUGCUCAAAGAACGUGAAGAGAAAAUCCGUGAAGAGUAUGAAGAAAUCUUGACCACAAAACUUGCAGAACAGUAUGACGCAUUUGUGAAGUUUACGCAUGAUCAAAUCAUGCGACGAUAUGGAGAACAGCCUGCAAGUUAUGUUUCAUGAAUCAUGUUUUCUGCAUAUGUGGGCAGCCCUGAAACCCUGUUCUAUUGUUGCAAGCUGUCCUUUAAAGACUUGCAACAAUGCCAUAUUCCCUCCCCCCCCCCCUCUGUAUACACUGGUUAUUUCAAGCUUUUGUCAGUGGCAACCACUCUUAUGCAGCAACUGGUUUUGGAGUGCUCCCUGAUGUCAGUACCACCUGGAUGUGGACCUUUGCUACCUGUUAAUACCAGUGGUCUCAUUUGCUGUAUCAUUACAAUUUGGCUUCUGUUAAUAAGUUUGAAAAGUAAAAGGAUUAAAGCUGGUGUAUUAGAGCUCUGCCCUUAACUGGUUGUGUAAAUAAAAGUGUAGAAUGACACUUCUGACUGAAGUUAGUGUGGUUUUCAUAACUGUGCACUGCAAAGUUGUAUUCACAGUUAAAUUAGAAUGUAAUCCCUGGACAACUUCUAAGCAAAUAGCCCACAGUACUGCCUGUGAAAUAGUGAAGGAGGGCAUUUUUGUAUUCCAUGACUUUUUGGGGGGUUAAGAAUGGGUUUAUAUAAGUUCUCAUUUUUGUAGGUUUUAUUUAUUCUAUCAGUCUUUAACAAAUGUUUAUUGCUGCAAUUUUUCAGUGUAUCAUUGUUUUACUGCCCUUGUAGUACUGGAAUUUAGUUGAAAGAAUAAAACAUUUACUUCUAACCUGUGUUUUUACCUAUAUAAGUGGCAUUUUUGCCAUCAUUCAAAUAAAAUAGAUGUGAGUGUACUAAAUGAAACUUCUAUGUUUAAUAUUUAUUAGGUAAUAGUUCAGAAAGAAAGGUAUAGAUAUGAAUGUUUUAGAAGCUUUGUUAAGGUUGACAGGCAUGCUGAGGGCGAAUUUGAGAUUUUGUAGGUAAUUUGGGCCCUCAUCAAGCAUUCCUUUCCCGUAGUAAGUUGUAUGAGCGAAGAGGGUAUGGGCAUGCUACCUUCAUUCCUCCAUAGCUUUCAUCGUCCUCAUAUGUAGAAAGGUGAAUCUUCACUGGAGAGCCUUCUGUAGUCACAAUCCUUUUUGUAUUGUUUCUCAUGGAAAAUCAAGUUUCCAAACUGUUAGCAAAGCCUUCACUGAUACUGAAGGUUGUUUUUUUACUAUAGGCAGCCACCUUCCUGCAAGUGAGGCUGACAGAAAUUAUGGGUAAAACAGGUAUGAUCUCUUCAAGUUCCUCUCCUCACAGGCAUACCUUGCAUAACAAGUAUACCUGAAUAAUAAUUUCUGACACUCAGAAAUGUGAGGUUAGCCAAGAUGCUUUUUGAAGCAGCGUAUCUUAAGGAACAGUUAUUCACAUUUUGAGAAACUUUCUUCAUCCCAGAUUAAAGGCAUUUGAAAUUUCAUUGCUUUGGAAGCAAUGUGAGGUUGAAGAAAAUUGCCUCAAUAUUUAUAUCGGCGUUUUAGUGGCUGUUGUUUUCCAAGUUUAAAAAGAACAUGUUCCCAUAUACACCUUAUUUAACGGAUCAUUUGUUUUUACUUCUGUUAUUGUGACCGAACUCAAUGUGUGAACCUUUUUUUAGGGAGUUGCCAGAUUUUCCUCCUUGCAGCUGCAAGAUUGUAAAUUUGCCAUUUAUAUGGAUAAAGAAAACUUGAUUAGACCUUUUGGAUUACUUUUCUCUCUUAAGUGGAUCUAUUACAUUAAUGACUUUACAGUGCUGCUGCUACUGAAAUCACUACAAAGGCAUUCUAGUUAUACUCUCAUGACUUGCAUUUAAAUACCCAUCUAUUCACCUCUCUGCUUUGAAACAAAUUCUUUAUUCUAAGCAAGAAGUUUGUAUUCUUUUAUCUUCCUGGCAUGUAUGUAAUUUUAACAAGAUUUCUAUUACAGAAUUUCUGCCAUUUUGAUUCAUGGAUUUUAAUAUGCUUCCGCUAUACAUUUGCACUGGAUUGUUGGCUUUGAGCCUUUGAAAAUCUAGAUAAAGGGGCAAGAGUAUUAAGCACAGAACGGACUUAAAACACAUGGUGUAGUUCACUGCUGCUAAGCUCAAGUGCUUUUGAUUCCCUAAGGUCUGUGAACUAUAAGAAAAUUGCUCUGAGCUCUUUGGAAAGUGAUGUAAAACAUGUAUUAAAUAUGGGGAUGAAGGGCACAGAUGUAGGUUCACUGGAAUAUAGUACCUUAAUUAAAGUGUUUACAUGCUAAAA